AAUGAAAUCUCGAGAGCUCAAAUUCUGAUUUUCUCUUUGAAAUAUGCAUCGGAGACAUUGUAGCUCGAUCCUUGCAUGGUCCCCUGGCAGGGAUGCGCCUCUCGCAGUCUGCGGCGAGUGGCUGCUCUUUUUGCUCGUUUUCCUACUUGCUGCGCAGAGCCAGAUAAUCGAAGCGAAAUGUGAGCGAGCAACUUCGUUGUUCAUGGAGAUCCAGGUAGUGCGCUGAAUGGAUAGGGGCCAGGUUCGAAAGUUGCAGUAGGGGGACAACGAUGAUUAGCGUGUUGUCGUGGUUGAGCUCAUCUGAGGGAGCAGGGUUAGCAUUUCUCCUGAAUGUGGAUCAGGUGACAUUAGUAGCUCGCGACUAGGAGGAUAGUUCCGUUCUCGAGGGCCGUGUUGAUGAGUUUCGAUGAUCAUUUGAGCUUAGAAGUUUUGCUUCGUAGAGGUCGACGACUGUUUAUAAAACCCUAACGAGCUGGUAGCAGAUGCGCGAUGAUGCAGUGGCUCGUGAACCGAGGGGCUUUAGAACGUGUCGUGCUGGUGACGUCGUGUGAACUUGGAUUUUGAGAUUUUCGGGAAUGGGGAAAGGGGAUGAUGGGUUGUGCGGUGGGGGUUUACGUUGUACGCAAGUCAGUCCUUGAACAUUCAUUCAGUAGUGUGUGCUUACUGUAUCUCUGUCUAGCAAUUUGGAGAAGUUGCUCUAGGUCGAGCGCGCAGCGAUGUGGAGAGACCUAAAUCUUACGCGUCCGCCCUCGUACUAGUGUUGUUUUUGGACUUUGAUCCUCGAUCUGCAUCCUAUUCGUCAGAUAGCUUUCCAAGCGUUCAAUGAGUUCAUGGCUGAAGGACGGGACGUUCGGAACAUAGACCUUACGAAUCCGCAAUGACCUCGAUCCAGUGGGUUUCAUUUGAUUGGGUUUUCUGUUCUGAAGCAGGUUUAUUGUGAGGAUGUAAUCCAUCCUGAUUAAAGUAGAUGGUGGAUCAUUUUCGUGUGCUCUUUAAGCAAGGUAAAUUCUUCAUUAGGAGAUGCCACCGUAGAAGUCUUUGAUACGUGUUUUGAAGGGGGUCUACCCGUAAGGUAGAAAUGAAAGAGAAGGAGGAUGCGCGGUUAGAAAUGAUCCCACUUAGGAUGGAAGAUUCCCUAGACAUUGCAUCGGAAAGAUUAGGAACGAAUGUUGCGAACUCUGGGACUCCACAUGUAUCCAUCGGGCUUGAAAGGCCACACGAGCUACAUAAUAUAGAGUGCGGAAUGGGUAAUAAAACAGAAGGACUUGAGAGAUUAUCUUCUGAGGCCAAAUCCACCAGUUUUAUCUCCAUAGGCAUGGAUCGAAGUUCAGUUGAGAAACCGGACAAUGUAGGUGGACGAGACGUUACCUCGAGGGAAGCGGUGAAAGAAGUUGUGUCUCGAGAUCUAAUAAGGGUACAGAAGGCGGGGACGUAUGACCUAAUCUCACGAGAUGUAACUUCAUCAGAGUCUCGAUCUUCUCUCAUUCAUAAUGAAUCUGUUGGAAAGAGUGUUGGAUUAGUAUCUGAUGAAGACUUCGAUCGGGAAUUUGGAGCCUCUGCUUCUGGGCAGUCUACGCCUAAGAGAAGGAAUGGUUCAAGGGGCAGAUCUAUUGGAACAUCACGAUUGGAAAACGGUGUGGGAGGGGAUUCUUUUACGGAGGCUGUUCUUAAAGGAAGUUCCCUUGAUGUUUUGAAGGCGAAUGCUGUAGAAUUGUCUCCCAUAAGCAGGACCAGCAUUGGCGGCAAAGAUCAUGGCAUCACUUUUUGUGAUGAAGUGGAGCUGCCUGAAUUGCGCUCUUCAGCGCGCAAUUCUUUGAUUUCGACUAUAGUUAAGACUGUCUUUAUAAUCCUAAUUUGGUAUACUUUCAGCACUUGUCUCACGUUGUAUAACAAGUUAUUGUUAGGAGAAAAUCUAGGCAAAUUUCCAGCUCCUCUAUUAAUGAACACCAUCCAUUUCUCUAUGCAAGCUAUUAUUUCAACCCUUCUUGUUCAUUUUUGGUGUGGGAGAACUCAAAGCCACAUUCGAAUGACAUGGAGAGAUUAUUUCACUAGAGUGGUUCCAACGGCUGCUGCAACAGCAUUGGAUAUUGACCUGAGCAACAUCUCUAUUGUAUUUAUUUCUGUUUCUUUUGCUACUAUGGUCAAAUCUGGAGCACCUGUAUUCCUUCUCCUCUUUGCGUUUGCUUUCAAGUUGGAGGUGCCAAGUUUUAAGCUGAUGGGAAUCAUUGUUGUAAUUUCCUUAGGAGUGAUGCUCACUGUUGCAAAGGAGACAGAAUUUGAGCUUCUUGGAUUCAUUCUCGUGCUUUUGGCAACUGUAAUGUCGGGUUUCCGAUGGACUGUGACGCAGCUUCUCUUGCAGAAAGAAGAGUAUGGUUUGAACAAUCCAUUUGCAGCGAUGAGUUAUCUCACACCAGUAAUGGCUAUUAUGACUCUCGUAUUCUCAUUAGCUAUAGAACCCUGGCACGAGCUGAGUGAGACGGCUUACUUUGAUACCCCACGACAUACAUUUGAAAGCUGUGCGCUGAUGUUGCUUGGAGGGGCACUCGCUUUUUUCAUGGUGAUGGCAGAGUAUUUUCUGAUUGCGGAGACAAGUGCAGUGACUUUAACCAUUGCUGGUGUCGUCAAGGAGGUCGUAACCAUUGUGGUUGCUGUUUUCUUCUUUAAAGAUGAGUUUACCUGGCUGAAGGGUAUGGGUUUGGUAGUCAUUUUCAUUGGUGUUAGCCUGUUCAACUGGUUCAAGUACCAGAAGCUUGUUGAAGGCGGGCUGGGUAACAAUGCAAAUAUUCAAGAAGUUGGUAGAAGUUCUCCCAAGUAUACUGUCAUCGACGAUGAAACCGCUGAAACCUUUGAACUUGAAGACGACACUGAUCACGUGUUAUAACAUCUUGUUGAAAUUAAACACCACCUGCCCAAUGCUCACAGAGAUCUUAAUACUGGAUUGCAGGUACUGCUUUAGUUGUGGUUUUUGACAACCCUAGGUGUUUUUUUUUUGCAAGUUAUUUUUCUCAAUCAAUUUUGUUGAUAGUUUGGGGAUCGCAGUUACGAGCGGGGACGGACGGGUGCUAGAGUUAGCGUUAGGAUUUGAGGUAGAGCGCUAAUGUUGAUCUAUCCGAGCUUCAAUAUGGUUCGGUAGUGGAGUUUUUAGGAGUUUUAGGUUUGUAGAUUCAGUCAUUUUAUUGAUGUUCAAUGGCUUACAAUUAACAGCUUCGACAGAAACCCACUUAAGAGUCCAGUUAAGAUGGGCCUAUUGUUUGUCAGCAGCACGUAGCCACAAAUGUACACGAUGAAAAAAUAAAAAAUAAAAUCUAUGUUUCAUUUAAUUUGA